UAGUUUCAAGUUCGAUAGUGGCUAUCAUACAAGAACAAAACAAACUUGUGUGUUUGCAAGUUUACAAAUCUGCAGAGUAAACUGCAAGGUAAUACAGUACAGGGAUGCUGCAGGGUAUGGUAUUUUUGCAGUUUUACCAUGCUUUUCCCAUAGUUACACUAUGCAUUUACUAUAGUGUACACUGGUUUGCCUUGCUUAUUAAUAUAGUUUAACAUGCCUCGCUAUUCUUUACAGUGCUUACCUAUGCCUUACCAUACUUUCACUAUGCUUGCACUUGCCUACUAUGGUAAACUUUUGUGUAUUGUAUCUGGACCAGAUUGGAAACCUCUGUAGUGUUGUCUUGUGGAAUGUUGUAAUGGCAGCACUGAACUAAUGGAACGCCACCCCUCUGCCCAUUACUGGCACAGGCCAGACUUGGCUCUUCAUACUUGAGUUUUACUGCUCCCUCCUCUUGAAUGGACAAUAGCAAACGCAGCUUAUUCAAUAAUGCAUUCUUUUUUAUAACAUUGUCCCAGGGCACACUGGAAUGCAAUACCCGAGUGCUCCUGGUUGCUGUCUGGUAUCAUGACUCAUGGAAUUGGCUAUAUAAAGAAGCAUUUCCCAGUCAGUCUUGUUUGUUACACAGUGUGGAUACAGCAGGUCUAUGUUUUAUGGUUAGAAUUGGAAUAACUGUUGUAACUGGUUACGGCUCUGUUGUAUAAGUCAUUUAUAAGUAAGCCCCGGUUGGGAUUGAAGGCUGGCAGAACUCUCUAACUCGCACGGAUGGCGGAAGCUAGCUGGACUGCAGAAAAAAAUGAAUAAAAGGCAGACCAUGAGGGCUGUGGAUAAAUACUACUGACAGGAAGGGAAACAGAAAUGAGAUGGUCUCCACGUGACAAAUAUCCAGCGUGAUUCAGGAGAGAAAAAUCCAAAGGCAUUUCGUUACAGGACGGUAAAUGGCAGCGAGCCUCAAGCUUUGUUUUCUUUGGUCGCCUUCACAAACAGUAUGGUCAAGAAAGUCAGCAGAACUUGACAGAGGUUCCCUGAGCUGUAAAUGUUCUGUUUCCUGAGGUUUUAGAAGCACCUGGACUGAAAUACAAUGAGGUUUCAUGUGUACAAUCUGGUCCUGUUGGGAUUAACCUGUGUCAUCUCCGAAUACGGUCCAAACCAGAGAGCGCAGAAGAAAGGAGACAUCAUACUAGGAGGACUCUUUCCUAUUCACUUUGGAGUGACGGCAAAAGAUCAGGAUUUAGCAUCAAGGCCAGAGUCUACAGAGUGUGUGAGGUAUAACUUCAGAGGAUUUCGCUGGUUGCAAGCUAUGAUAUUUGCUAUUGAAGAAAUCAACAACAGCAGCACCCUUCUCCCGAACAUCACCCUGGGCUACAGGAUAUUCGACACCUGCAACACUGUGUCCAAAGCCCUGGAGGCCACCUUGAGCUUUGUGGCCCAAAACAAGAUCGACUCCCUGAACCUGGAUGAGUUCUGUAACUGCUCAGAGCACAUCCCCUCCACCAUAGCUGUGGUGGGAGCCACAGGAUCUGGAAUUUCAACCGCAGUAGCAAACCUGCUGGGACUGUUCUACAUCCCCCAGGUUAGCUAUGCGUCCUCCAGUAGACUCCUGAGCAACAAGAACCAGUAUAAGUCUUUUCUGCGGACUAUUCCUACCGAUGAGCACCAGGCGACGGCCAUGGCUGACAUCAUCGACUACUUCCACUGGAACUGGGUGAUAACGAUUGCUGCAGACGAUGACUAUGGCCGACCGGGAAUUGAGAAGUUUGAACAAGAGGUUAGCGAUCGAGAUAUCUGCAUUGACUUUGGCGAGCUCAUCACACAGUAUUCUGACGAGGAGCACAUCCAGGGGGUCGCUGACCGCAUCCAGAACUCCUCGGCGAAGGUCAUCGCUGUGUUCUCGAGCGGCCCGGAUCUGGAGCCUCUGAUCAAGGAGAUUGUCCGGCGGAACAUCACUGACCGGAUCUGGCUGGCGAGUGAGGCAUGGGCCAGCUCUUCCCUCAUCGCCCUGCCAGAGUUUUUCCACGUGGUCGGCGGCACCAUCGGGUUCGCCCUCAGGGCUGGACAAAUACCCGGCUUCCAGCAGUUUUUGCAACAAGUGCAGCCCUCAAAAUCUUCACACAAUGGGUUCGUCAGGGAGUUUUGGGAAGAAACCUUUGAUUGCUCUCUGGGCGGCAGUUCAGACUCCAAACCCACAGGGCCUUUGACCAGACGUCCUAUGGAACCAUCUCAGAGUGGAAACAAAAGCGUGAACAUCAGGCCCCUUUGCACAGGAGAGGAAAACAUCACCAGUGUGGAGACCCCCUACUUGGACUUCACUCAUCUGCGGAUCUCCUACAACGUGUAUGUGGCUGUAUACUCCAUCGCCCAUGCCUUGCAGGACAUCCUCACCUGCACCCCUGGGAAAGGCCUCUUUGCUAACGGCUCAUGCGCAGACAUCAAGAAGGUGGAAGCGUGGCAGGUCCUAAAACAACUGAGACACUUAAACUUCACGAAUAGCAUGGGAGAGCAGGUGGACUUCGAUGAGAGCGGGGACCUGCUCGGGAACUACACCAUUAUCAACUGGCACCGCUCGCUAGAAGACGGCUCAGUUGUGUUCGAAGAGGUUGGCCUCUACAACAUGAAUGCUAAAAAAGGGGAGAGGCUCUUUGUUGAUGAAAGAAAAGUGCUAUGGAACGGAUUUGUCAGAGAAGUGCCGUUUUCAAACUGCAGCAUGGACUGUGAGCCUGGCACCAGAAAAGGGAUCAUCGAGGGGGAGCCCACCUGCUGCUUUGAGUGUGUGGAGUGUCCUGAAGGAGAGUACAGUGAUGAAACAGAUGCAAGCGAGUGCUUUAAGUGCCCUCCUGACUCCUGGUCUAAUGAAAACCACACAUCCUGCAUUCUCAAGCAGAUCGAGUAUCUUUCCUGGACUGAACCCUUUGGAAUAGCGUUGACCCUGUUUGCCGCCCUGGGGAUUUUUUUGACCUCCUUUGUAUUGGGAGUUUUUGUGAAAUUCCGUAACACUCCCAUUGUGAAGGCCACCAACAGGGAGCUCUCCUACCUCCUCCUUUUCUCCCUCAUCUGCUGCUUCUCCAGCUCCCUGAUAUUCAUCGGCGAGCCCAAAGACUGGACCUGCAGGCUCCGCCAACCAGCCUUCGGGGUCAGUUUUGUGUUCUGCAUCUCCUGCAUCCUGGUGAAGACCAACCGAGUCUUGCUGGUCUUCGAGGCGAAAAUACCCACCAGCCUUCACCGAAAAUGGUGGGGUCUGAAUCUCCAGUUCCUCCUGGUUUUUCUUUGCACAUUUGUGCAGAUCAUGACCUGCGUGAUUUGGCUUUACAAUGCACCCCCAUCGAGCUACUGGAACAGUGAGCUGGAGGAUGAGAUCAUUUUCAUCACCUGUAAUGAGGGCUCCCUGAUGGCUCUUGGCUUCCUGAUAGGCUACACCUGCCUCCUGGCAGCUGUCUGUUUUUUCUUCGCCUUCAAGUCCCGCAAACUCCCCGAGAACUUCAACGAGGCCAAGUUCAUCACUUUCAGCAUGCUCAUCUUCUUCAUCGUCUGGAUCUCCUUCAUCCCUGCCUACGUCAGCACCUACGGCAAGUUUGUGUCGGCCGUGGAGAUUAUUGCCAUCCUUGCCUCCAGCUUCGGGCUGCUGGCCUGCAUCUUCUUCAACAAGAUCUACAUCAUCCUGUUCAAGCCUUCGAGGAACACGAUCGAGGAGGUGCGGUGCAGCACAGCCGCCCACGCCUUCAAAGUGGCAGCCAGGGCCACUCUGCGGAGGAAUACGGUGUCGCGGAAGAGGUCCAAUAGCAUCGGCUCCUCCGUCUCCACACCCUCAUCCUCCGAGAGCUGCAAGAGCAACACUGAAGAGCCUUCCUCCCCCACAGGGCGGCAGAAAGCCUGCAAGCAGAAGGUCAGCUUUGGCAGUGGCACUGUCACCCUCUCCCUCAGCUUCGAGGAAUCCAGGAAGAACUCCGUGCCCUGCAAGAACAUGAGGAGGAAAAACUCUCUGGAAGCCAAAAACAGCGAUGACAGUCUGAUGAGACACAAGGCCUUGCUUCCUCUUCAGAACAGCGAGGCAGGGAGCGACGCCAGCUUCAGGACAGCCAGCAACAACCCAUCUCAGGAGUCAGUCCCAGGAGCCAAAAAAGAAGAAACCCCGAAUUCUGAAGAAACAGCUUCCUUCCCAUCGGUGAACUCUGUACAUUUUGAUACCAACUUUUCUUAAUAUAGCGGAAGAAGAUGGGAAGGACAGCUCCCCCCAGUCCUGAACUGUGUAAAUAGGCUGAAUAUUAUUAUACACAAAGUUCUUCCUUAGAACUACUGUAUUGCUUUGGAUGUGCUCAAGAGGUUUUGACUGAACAGACAAAGGCAGUGUCUUACAUGUUUAACACCCUGCAGCUGAAUGUAAUAAUCCAAGUUUCAGACCAGGGUUAUCUUCUAGCUGUGGAGGGAACAGAAUAUAUGAGACGUGAUUGUGUGCAGUGCUUUUGUUGCAUAUUGGAGCCAGCUUUUGAUUCCACUGAAAUUCCACUGUUUGUUUGUUUUUUAUGACACUAAAAUUUUGGAGGGGCUGCGUAUAUGAAGAUAUGUGGAUAUAAUCCAACAAUCUGACUGGCUAAUAAGCGUUCAAUAAUGUUUUUGUAUUUAUUUCACAAGUAAAAUAACACAGUUUGUGAGUAAGUGAAGAUUUUGUGAUGUGAUUGAGCACGAAGUUGUGUAGAGGAUCCAGAUUAAUGGAAUACAGGGGACAGACAUCACAACUGUAACACAACACGUAUGGUAUUUCAAAGCAGUAUCCAGGGCAAUUCAUUUCUGUUUAUUUGUUUGAUCCAUUGUACAAAAAAAAUAAUAUUUUUUAAAGAAUUCGAGUUUCCGUACAUACCUGUAUAUAAAGAAUAUUUUUUAAUUAUAAUUGUAUGGAGUUUAGAUUUGGAAAAGUACUGGAAAUGUACUUAUUACAACAGAUUGAAUAUUGGCACGGAUUGUUUUUCACACAUGAAUAGAUUAGUGCAGCAAAAUUCUCUAUUUGUCAAGACAAAAUAUGAAGUAAUUUUGAUGCAUUUUUUUAAAAUAAUAAAUGUAGGGGUUUCAUCGAUUAAUGAUUAAUCACACAUGUGGGCUCUGAUGGAUUAGAAAAAAUGGGAUGAUUAAUCUGGUCCACCUGAGUGCGGUAUCAAACAAUGUUGCGGGAAAAAAUACAUCUUGAAAAAUGGCGGAGGGUACUUCUAAAGACCAGGGCAAAAGGGCAACAGGAUGGUGUGUCAGAAUGAAGAAAAAAAGUGCAACUUGCAGCAUUUGCUUAUCGGUGCUUUCCUUUCACAGCUGUGCUACAAGUUUAUCGUAUCAUCUUAGUCGCAAGUAAGCUGUUUUUUCUUUUUAUUCCUCCUAUUUCUUUCAAACGAUAGCAGAAUAUGGACAGCUGUAUAGCUGGCAAUAAAUUACAUUUCUCUUCAGCAACUGGUAAUUUACAGUAAAUUAUUAACUCUUUUUGUUAAUAUAUACUCUCUUUUUGGUAAUAUAUACACUGUUUUUGCUAAUGUAUACACUCUUUUUGGUAAUAUAUACACUCUUUUUGGUAAUAUAUACACUUGUUUUGUAUGUUUAAUCUUUUUUCUUUUAGACAUGUCAGUUGGCUGAAGGAAACACACACAGGCAGUACAGCUAACGUCACAAAAGGGGAUUACUUGUAAUUUUGUCUUUCAUAUCAUGAGCAAACAAGUGUGAUUAAUUGAUUAAUCAAUUGUAGCUCUUAUGACGAAUUGGUCAAUAAAUGAUUCAAACCACUAAUUAAAUGUAAUACACAUAUCAAGAGUUAAUAAGAAAUGGUGCAUAUAUAUAUAUAUAUAUAUACUGUAUUCUCAGUAGACCUCCUGGUAAAAGAGAAAGAAGAAAAUAUGUUAGUCCACAAUGUGUAUCUGAACUACAGGGGUGAAAACCAUUUUCAUUUUCUAUGGAAAAUCAUAUAUCGUAUGCCGUUAAGUACACCUUUCAAAGCUUUAUUGAGAGUCUUCAAAUCUAAAUUAUAUAUAUAUUAUAUUAUAUUAUAUUCUAGAAUACACCAGUCUUUCACAUUUCAAUGGAGGUUGGAAUCUAAUGAGAAAAUCAAUGCUCUGAUAUUAUUAGCAGGUCUGAAAUAAAAAAAGUUAUUUUUUGAGAUUGCAGAAUGAUGCCAGCCCUUAUACAAGUUUACUGCGCUAUACCACGACACAUGCACAGCAAAGUAUAGUGAAAGCAUGGUGAAGCUUGAUAAAGCACUGUAUGGUCAACACCAUGUUAAAGAUAGAGGACUAGUAGGGAUGUUAAUAGUUUAUAGAGAAUUUUGUUAGAAAUUUGAGUGUCAAAUAUAGACAUAGUUAGUCUUAGUGGUAGUGCUGUAGUAAGGAGAUUUUAUUAUUAUUUUUUUUUUAUAUUCUAUAAUCUAUUCCAUCACUGUUGUACACAUUUAGUCUUACACAGAAAUUUCAUAGUAAUUCAUAAAAUAAAAGUACAAGCUUCUUAUGCUGGCUUUUCUGAGCAGUUACAAAGAUGACCAAUAUUGUCCCCUGAGUGGCUCGCUGGUAAAAGUGCAGUUGUAUGUUAUGCAGGGUGAGUCAUACAGUGCUGGUUCGCGUCCUGGCUGUGCAAAGUGGCGGUCUUUAAUGGAGAUUUCCGAAGGGAGCAUCGCAUUAGCUCUGGAGCUCCUGUGGGUUAGGGAGGCAAAACCGGCAGGGACUGUUUCUCCUCAUCGCUCUACAGCGAACCCUGCUGGCCACGUGCCCAGGGAGCUCAGAGCAGACACCUGCAAGGCUGGUCUUUGCCCUCUAGAGGUCACUAACAUCUGCUUUCGAGUUCCUGGGUGUAAAACAGGAAUCUGGCUUGGUCAUGGGAUCAGUGAAGCCCCACUGAACCAUCACUUCUCGUGAGCUGUGUGGGAAUUCUGGGAUGAGGGGGGGAAAUUGGAUUGGACACUCCAAAUUGGGGAGAAAAUCAAUCCUAUAGUUUAUGUAUGUCCCUGGUAGUGGACUGACAAAAUGAGUGAGAUUUACAAAGCUGUAAAAUAAGGUCUGAAACUUGCUUACGAGGUUUCAGAAAAGUAGCAGCCUUAGAUAAUCUACUGAGGCAAAAGCUGAACAAAUCAGCCCACACUGAAGUUUCAUUAAUUAUCAAAUACAUGUUUGUGACUUCUCAGAGAGCAAGCUGAUUGUUUUGUGUGUGUGUAAAGCUGAAAAAAAAACCUUCAAAGCACUGUCUGUAAAUUCCUUAACCAAAUAAAAAUAAAGGAUUUCUCUUAUGUGCUGUUUAAUCCUUAGUACAUAGAAAGCACAAACAACACUUCUGUCUGAAUAUGAGAUUUGAUUAUUAGAAAUGCAUUACUGUAGUUUCCAGGCAAACUAUAGUAGAAAGAUUCAGUGAUACUGUAUAACUCUGGCACCCUCUUUAUACCUAAGGGGGUUCAAAGUGACACAGCUAGUAAUCGAUGUAGAAAAUGAAAUAAUCAUACAAAUAUCAAAAUAACAUUUCUGAACCUCACAAAAAGGUUCCCAGCAUUUUUUAUUCCCAUACUUUGAACUAAAUAACAAUAUCUGUACCGUGGGGCCCUUCCCCAGUUGAAACCCCACUCUAUAUACUGUAGCACUUCACUCAAGCUUUAUUUCCAUGGAAUUUUGUUACGGAUGGAGACAUGGUUUAAAUUGUAUCAUAUCAGCCACAAAACCAAAAUGGUGUUGUCAAGUGGCAGUGAAAGGGUUACUUAAAGUGAUUAUCAUGGGCUCACCAAAUUGUAGUUAGUUGGACUUGCAGAUCGUUUAGAUCAGUUCAUAACUCUCAUAAAGCGCCUGCUGUACUCCUAGCUCACCUCACCUCUGGGCCCGAUGCACAGGCGGUGCUCAUUGUGAGCCUCUUUAUCAUGAUUGCAGCUCAUUAUUUGUGUGUGUUGAGUAAUGUGCAUUGCUCUUAGGCUGCCAAAAUGUAACAAGUGUAACAUUUUUAAGAAACAGUAAAAAAAAAUCAGCAUAAACUUUAA